AUGAAGCCUCGCAAUGCAGUCGAUGGAUCUGGAGCAAGCAGGAGGGACAACCCUGCCCCUUCGGACAGUCCGGGGCUCGUCCGCAAGAAGCAUCGCCUGCAAGGGGAGAGAAUCUGUCGCGUGUGUGGUGACAAGGCCGUGGCGCACAACUUCGACGUCAUCACGUGCGAGUCGUGCAAAACCUUCUUCCGGCGGAACGCUCACAAACAGCAGAAGUCGUGUGGCUUCACGGGAAAUUGCGAGAUCACACGGCAGACACGCCGCUUCUGCCCAGCCUGUCGCCUGCAGAAAUGCUUCGACAUCGGCAUGAGGGCCGACAUGAUCCUGGAUGAGGCCGAAAGGCAAGCGCGUCUGGAGAAGAUCGCACAGAACCGCAAGAAGCGGCAGGAGGCUGCCAGAAAGGAGGCAGGGUACUGCAGCAAGACGACCAACAGCACGCGACAAUGCUUCCCGGACUCCAGCAGACCGGAGCUGGAUGGAGCCUGGACUGCGGAGGGAACAGCAGCGCCCUCUGAUUUUCCAAACGACAGCGACAACAGCAGCCCCACAGAUGUCAUCGGCGGACUGUCGGUGCAUAACCACCACGAGCUGCAGCCACUGCCUGGAAGUUCUUCCGACAUUACCGCUGCUGCCAUGAAGGAAGAAUCCACCCUGAAGUCGGUGUCGGAGAAAAAAACGCAGUCCCGUCGCCCGUUCCAGCACGUGCCAAACGCCUGCUACCAUGUGACCCUUGACACCUUACUACAGAUGCCCAGUAGCCCAGAGGCGCUGGAGGUGCAGUUGAGCGAACUCAGUCUGGAGAAGACGCUGUGCUACUGUCAGCGAUUUCCUCUGAAAAUGGUGGAGUUCGUUAAGACAAUGCCGACUUCCGGUCACUACAGGUCAGCAUCUGACCUACGAGCGGUCCGAGACCAGAUGGCGGCCUCCAAGUUCAGCGCCAUGCUGGUCAUGAUGCUGAAGAGCUCCGCGUUGUUCUGUGAGGAGCGCGACGCGUGGAUCAAGGAGUUCGGCGAACUGCCCGUCUCCACGUUCGCUCGCGUCACGCGACACGAGCAGGUCAUAGGUCACUACGCCGAUUUCUGCCGCAACCUCAAGAGAAUCCUCAAGAACGACUACUCCGCCUUUGUCCUUCUCACCUGCAUGGUUCUCUUCGACCCCUUGGCACGGACCUCUUCGACCGCCAGGCUGUACACCAUCCUUCUGAAGCAUUACCUCGAGUCCCAGUUCUCCUACGUGUUCGCGGCAGAUUACCUGGCGGCGCUUCUAGACAGCAUUGUGGAGGGCAAGAUGGUGGCCGUUGAAAUGACGGCAAUGUUCAACGGGUGGAAAUCUACCCUGGACCCACUCAUGGUGGAAGUUAUGAAUCUCACUUUGUGUGUCGCUAUUCGGUCGUCGUGCGCAGCUCUCGAGCUGUUGAAUCAUUCCACACUGCAUUCUUUGGCACACGCCAUACUAGCAGACAACCUGCUUACUAAACACUGCAUUAGCUGCCAGUUGUCUGAAGAGACUGCGGUGGCAGUUUGUCCCAGUGUUGCUGAUAUGGCAACCUGCAACGGGGCGCUGGUUCAGACACCGAAUGCUAGCGAGGAGGACGUGCCUCAGGGAGCCAGCUCCAACCGCAGGCAGCGCGCGAUGCCCACCAAGACGUGCCGCGUGUGUGGCGACAAGGCCCUGGCGCACAACUUUGACGUCAUUUCCUGCGAGUCCUGCAAGGCCUUCUUCAGGCGCAACGCGCUGAGGGACAAGAUAAAGCCAUGUUCCUACCAGGGAGACUGUGACAUCACGGUUGACACCCGUCGCUCUUGCUGCUACUGUCGCCUGAAAAAAUGUCUCGACUGUGGCAUGAAGGCGGACAUGAUUCUGGACACAGAAGAACUGAAGGCGCGCCACGAGAAAUUUACCAACAACAGGCUAAAGAGACUAAAGAUCGCCACUGAUGAGCAGGUAGACAAAAGAAUGGCAUCUUCUGGGUACGUUGCUGAGGACUCCGCUGAGGUCGGCACCCUCACAGCUGCAGACAAGGCUGGGAGUCAGGGGGACAACUUGACUAUCUCAACCAGCGUGGACAGGGAAUAUGGCGCAAACCAGCAUGAAACGAUCCAGCAAGCAAACUCGCUAGCAGCGAGCCAGAAUGAAAGACCAUCGUACAGUCACCUUCUGAAGCCAUUCCAGCACGUGUCACUUGACCGCUUGCCCUCCGACCCCUUAAUGUAUUGGCAUUUGACGGAGGAGGAGCGCGGCCUGCUGGGGGAGCUGACGUCAGCCUACGAGAACACCAUUCUGCAUCACAUUCCAACCUUCCGACCCCACAUCAUCUUGGGUGUGCUGACACCGGCUUUCGUCCUGAACGGGUGCAGGAGCUUCGCGCACAGCGUCGUCACCUUCUUCAAGCGCGUGCGUGACUUCAGGUCCUUGACGUUGGAAGACCAGAUGGCCGUUCUGCAGGACUCUGCCACCGUCCACAUGGUACUCCGGAGCUCCGCCAACUUCGUGGUGGAGACGGACAUGUGGAUCAAGGACACUGGCUACAUGCCCGUCUCGCACUACCUGCAAGCCAUGCCGGCGCAUGCGUCCACGGUGCGGAUGUUAGCCGACCUGUCGGCGUCGCUCAAGACCAUCCUGCGUAACGACGCUGCAGCCUACGCCCUGCUGCACUGCGUGGCGGCUUUCGACUCGCGCAGCGCGGGGGUCCGCGACCGGCAGCUGGUGAACGCGCUAGGGGAAAAGUACAACACGCUGCUCAAGCACCACCUGGAGGCUCAGUUCACCUACCUGUACGCCGCUGACUACCUGGACGCCCUGAGACAGCUACUGCCGCACCUCAAGACCGUGGGAGACCGACACAAGUAUGCCCUCGAAGAGUAUGUCGACUCCAUAGAGCCAUUAAUGGCUGAACUCUUUAACUUCCACUGACCACCGACGACGUUUUACCGUGGUGUUUGGGAGGGUAACGAAGAUGUGUAUGUGGUCGUGUGUGUGUGCGCGCGCGCGCUUCUCUAGAAUGAAUCUGUGCGAAAGAGAGAGAAGGGAGGUGUGAGAGACUUGUUUAUUAUUUAUUUUAUCUUUAUUUGCAUGCAUGCAAAUUCUCAGAACAUUUGCAAUAACAAUACGAUGAACUAUUGAAA